AUGACGACCGCAUCCCCCUCGCAGAGUAAACUUUCAAGGAUCAAGUUUCAGUUUUCUAUUUCAGAACAGAACCGUUACUAUUGGCUUCAGUCUGGGAAUAUAUCUGCCGCCAGUCUCGAACAUAACACGUUCAUGUUUCCCUUUCAGUCUUACUACUUUGACCGCGAUGAUGUGGCUUUGAAGAAUUUUGCCAAAUACUUUCUUCACCAGUCUCAUGAGGAGAGGGAACAUGCUGAGAAACUGAUGAAGCUGCAGAAUCAACGAGGUGGCCGAAUCUUCCUUCAGGAUAUCAAAAAACCAGACUGUGAUGACUGGGAGAGCGGGCUGAAUGCGAUGGAGUGUGCAUUACACUUGGAAAAAAGUGUGAAUCAGUCACUACUGGAACUGCACAAACUGGCCACUGACAAAAAUGACCCCCAUUUGUGUGACUUCAUUGAGACACAUUACCUGCAUGAGCAGGUGAAAUCCAUCAAAGAACUGGGUGACCAUGUAACCAACCUGCGCAAGAUGGGAGCCCCUGAAUCUGGCAUGGCAGAGUAUCUGUUUGACAAGCACACCCUGGGAGACAGUGAUAAUGAGAGCUAAGCCUUAGGCUAACUUCCCCAUAGUCACGGGGUGACUUCCGUGAUCACCAAGGCAGUGCAUGCAUGUUGGGGUUUCCUUUACCUUUUCUAUAAGUUGUACCAAAACAUCCACUUAAAUUCUUUCAUUUGUACCAUUCCUUCAAAUAAAGAAAUUUGGUACCCA